CUCUCCGCUCCAACUCCUCCUCUGCUCCUCUGCUCCUCUCCUCGUCUCUACACCCAACCUCUUCUCCUCUCCUCUCUUCUCCUCCCCUCUCCCCACCUUCUAUCCACUCCUCCUUCCGCUCAUUCGUGCUCCCUGUCCUGGCUGGAGCAGCGCCUUAUCCGACUCCCUCGCUGCGGGCGCAAGACGGGAUGAGUGCAGGGACACGCCACGCCCGACGAGGACGACUGAGCUGUGGGAAAUGGAGUUUGAGGUCACCCUGGAGAACGAGCAGCAAUUCUGGGACGAAAUCCAAGAGAUCGUUUCCGCCUCUUGCUCCUCGGAAGACCAUAUCGACAAUGCGCUUCGAUCAUAUCUGAGCCUGGCUACGAAGUAUAAAGAUGAAUACCUUCAGGGCGAGUUGGAUGUUACCCGGUGCUUGUACAAGCUCCUGGCAUCCAGCAUCUUUGCAUCGCAUGCGGACUAUGUUCGACGACAGAUGAUCUAUUGUUUGUUGCAGGACGACGACCCGGCUACACUUCAUCUCAUUGCCUCGCUCUUGCUUUUCGACGGUCGCCAGCAUGAAGAGGCUUUUCGGAUGAUGAACGAGGAGGGUUCGUUUCCGCGGUUGCUGGAACUGCUGCAGGUCCGCAACCGUUCGGCGGAUGAGAGCAUGCCGGCGGGCCUGCAUCGGCUUCUCAUGGACUUGAUGUAUGAGAUGUCGCGGAUACAGCGGGUGAAAAUUGAGGAUCUGGUUCUUGUGGACGACGAUUUUGUUCGGGGUCUCUUUGACAUCAUCGAGGAUCUCUCGUACGAUGUCAACGACCCUUAUCAUUAUCCAGUCAUUCGCGUUCUGCUGGUUCUGAACGAGCAAUUCAUGAUCUCGGCGCACGACCCCGUUGACGAGCAGUCACCCAUGAAUUUCCUAACCAACAAAGUCAUCAAGGUUUUGUCCAUGUAUGGAAAUAUGUACAAGACCUUUGGUGAGAAUAUAAUCCUCCUAAUCAAUCGAGAAGGCGAAACGUCCCUCCAGCUCCUGACACUUAAGCUUCUAUACCUGAUCUUCACCACUCCGAGCACCUACGAAUACUUCUACACGAACGAUCUGCAUGUCCUGGUCGACAUUUUGAUCCGAAACUUGCUGGACCUGCCGGAAGAGUCGUCCGCCCUUCGACACACCUACCUCCGGGUUCUUUAUCCGUUGCUCGCUCAUACGCAGCUGAGACUGCCGCCUUACUAUAAACGUGACGACAUCAAGCGGAUGCUCAGUAUCUUGGUCAAUGGUCAACUCUUUCAUAGCGAGGCUGACCAAGAGAGAAUCAUGCAUUUUAACGAGGCAGAUGAAACAACUAGAAGACUGGUUCUCCGAUGCGCAGCCGUCGACUGGAUCCGCGAGGAAGAGUCGACGGAGGUUCAGAAGGCUGCGGUGCCACCCCUCAAAACCUCCGAUGGCAAUGACGACGAGUCGCCUGAGGGCGAGUUUGGUGCACCGCUGGAGUUGUCCGAGACACUCUCCCCGACGAGUACCGUGGAUAGCUCGUCGGAGAAUCUGUCUCCAACCCGUGCCGAUGAUGAAGCUGGCACGGGCUCUGCUAAGCUGAACGCGCAUCGUAAGUUGAGUCAGGCGCAGAGAUUAGGGAUGCACCUCGAGCCGGCCUCGUCAUCGUCGCUUAGUGUGCAGGAGGUGGCAUCGCAGCACGAGAAACCGGGCGUGAUCACGCCGAGCCGAAACAAUAUUCACUUGGACCGUCCUUUCAGUCCGUCGGCGAGCAGGGUGAAAACCAAACCGCUUCCCCCGAAUCCUCGGCGCUGGAGAGGCCGUCCUAGGGCCGAAGAUGAUGAGCACGUGGACAGAAUUCCGGAGGACCGGGAGAUUCAGACUACGAGUCCGUUACCCCCGCCUGUCGCCAGCGGAGCGGGCGAUCGGCGGAAUUCCACCAGCACAUCAAGCCUAGCAGUGCCCAUUCCUCGGGCCCCGCGUCGGUCCGCCUCCAACCCCCCGCCGGCGGUCCCUCCGCCGCGACGGUCGACCCAUCCCACUGUCCCUGGCAUGGCCACUCUCUCGGUUUCCAGCCACUGCACACCGCUCACCAGUCCCUCGCGAGUCGUUCCCCAGCUCCAUCAUAAUAGUGUGAGCGCUCCGGGGAGUGGGAGCAGCUUGGUCAGUAUGGUUUCCAAUCUCAAACAUGGGCAUAAACCCGAACCUCCCCGAGCCCGUCGCUCGGGACGGGGAAGACUCACUCCGGGGGAUUCCUCGCAUCGACCGGAGUCCCCUGCCGAGCAUGAAGGCUCGACUCAUCUGAGCGAGGGGUAUGCGUGCGAUGAGCAGGAACAAGCUGUUGGGCCGCCCACAUUCUUAGGGAUCAAGUCCGGUGGUCCGGUCAGUGUCGAGGAGGCGGUGCAGAACAUGUCUGUGGGGGAGUGACCCUCUCCCAUCUUUUUUAAUUGAAAUUUGUUUUUGAGAAUGAUCUUGCAUUGGCAUAUCGGCGCGUUCUAAGGUUUAAUUUGUCUAUGAGCUAUUACGUAGUGGAGCUUUUCAGCAUGUGCACUUCACCUUAACCUGCUCACGUCGGUGUUAGAAUCGGCAUCUAUAGUCUUCUAGACUAGAGAGUAAGUCUUCUAGACUAGAGAGUAAUACGAACGAUCAAGCACUGUCCACUGCGGAAAAACAGUCUGGUCCUGAAGCAACAUGGGAUUGCCUGCCCCAUCUGAUGGAAGCCGAG